UAUUUUCCUUCUCUAUCUACUACACACAAGAUGGACCAGCAAUACCUUUCCUCCUUGGAAGAGACUUUGAAGCUCAUCACGGUGCCAGAUUCUGCGGUCAUUAAGGCCGCAUCCGCCAAGCUCUCUUCGGAGUUCUACAAUAACGACUUGGCGCUUCCAACGAUGGUGCACAUUUUGCAGAACCACCAGGACGCGCAGAUCCGCCAGUUGGCGGCGGUAGAGGCCCGUAAAUUGGUUAUCUCCAAGUGGGCCACCGCUAAUGCCGGUAUGAAGACGCAGAUUCGCGACUCCAUUUUGAAGUCCACCUUUGUCGAGCCAAAGAAGCUCGUUCGCCACCAGUCCGCCAGAGUGGUCGCCACCAUUGCCGACAUUGAUGUGCCAGAGAACCAAUGGCCAUUAUUGAUGGAGGGCUUAGUCGGUGCUGCUACCUCUGAGGACGUCCAGUCCAAAGAAAUGGGUCUCUACAUUCUCCUCACCUUGUUGGAGACCUCUGGUGCCAUCUUGAUCGAGCACGUGAACGUGUUUUUGGGUCUUUUCUCACAAACCUUGGUCGACCCAUCGUCCAAGGACGCCCGUGUGACCUCCCUUCUCGCGCUCGACGUCAUUGCGUCCUUUGCGGAUGAGAUGGAUGAGAUUCCAGCCUCCAUGUCGGCCACCUUCAAGACCGCCAUUCCACACAUGGUCAACGUGUUGAAGGACGUUGUCUCUCAGGAUGAUUCUGACUCUGCCAAGCAAAUUUUCAACGUGUUCAACAACCUUCUUUUGGCCGAUUCCAAGAUUGUUGGCGACUCGCUUGUUAUGUUGGUGCAGUUCAUGUUGGAGAUUUCUCUCAACACCCAAGUUGACGUAGACUACCGUGUCAUGGCGUUGCAGUUCUUGAUCUCUUGUGUUGGCUACAGAAAGGGGAAGUUGUCCUCUAAGAAGCUUGGCCCGGAGUUGAUGCUCGCUGCCUUGAAGAUCGCCUCUGAGGAGAUCGACGUGGACGAGGAAUUGAACACGGAGGACCAGGAGAAUGAAAACGAAGAAUCGGAUCCUGUUACCUUGGCUUUGAGAUUCAUGGCCAACUUGGCUACCGAAUUACCGGUUUCCCAGACCAUCACCCCAUUGUUUGAAAAUCUUAAUGCUUUCCUUUCCUCCUCCAAUCAGUUUGAGAAGAGAGCAGCGCUCUUGGCACUUGGGGUCACCUCCUCUGGUGCCCCAGACUACUACUCCACACAAUUGCCCAAACUUAUCCCAGUCAUUGUUUCCGGUUUGAAGGACAAUUCCUUGGUAGUUCGUGUUGCUGCCUUGAGAUGUCUCGGGCAAAUGACCUCCGAGUUACAGGAUGUUAUCGCUGAAUACCAUGCCGAGCUUUUGCCAUUGAUUAUCGCCAUCAUUGACUCAGCCACCAAUGUCAACGUUUACAAGUCCGCCACCUAUGCCUUGGACGCGUUGAUCGAGUUUAUGAACCAUGAAGUCAUGGGCCAGUACAUGGAGCCGUUGAUGAACAAGUUAUUCCACAUGUUGCAAUCCGCCCAGUCAGCCACCCUCAAGUCUGCAAUUGUCUCUGCUAUCGGCUCUACCGCCUACGCAUCCGGGAAGAUCUUCACCCCGUACUUUGCGCAGUCCAUCCAGUUCCUUGAACCAUUCAUCGCCAACGCGGGAAACACUGAGGGUUUGUCUGAGCCCGAGAUUGAGUUGCGCGCCUGUACGUUCGAGAACAUUUCCACCAUGGCACGCGCUGUAGGCUCAGAACCGUUCGCGCCAUACGCGACGCCGCUCCUCGAAGCCGCUCAUCUCUCCGUUAACUCCUCCAACUCGCGUAUCAGAGAGUCUGGGUUUGCCUUCAUCCACAACAUGGCCAAGGUCUAUGGCAAGGAGUUUGCGCCGUUCCUCGAGUCCAUCAUUCCAAAGAUCUUUGAGUGUCUUCAGCAGGAUGAGUUCCAGUUCAACCCAGAGGAUUUGGAGAAUGAGGAGCUCGACGAAGCUGACUUGGCUGAAAAGUUCACUGUCCACACCGGUAUCACCAUUGAGAAGGAGAUCGCCUCCAUUGCGUUGUCUGAGUUGGCCAUGGGCUGUGGCAACGACUUUGGCACCUACGUCGAGCCGUCCUUGACCAUCCUUAUGGACCAGGUCGAGAACUCCUACGGGAUGCGCGAGGCCGCCUUAAAUGCCUGCUGGAAGAUUGUUGACGCGAUGCUCGCGGCCAACACCACCCCAAAGAGCUUCCCAAUUGGUGCUCCACAGGGCUCUUACGUCUCUGAGUCGCUUUUGGCCAUUAUCAAACCGGUUAGAGCACUCUCCAUGGCCACCUUGGACGCGGAAUUCGAGAUCGGCAUGGUCGCGACCAUCCUUGACAACAUUACCGAUUUGCUCAAGAAGUAUGGUGCGAUCAUUGUUACCGAUAACGGCGACUCCGAAGAGUUGCAACAAUUGUGCGAAUGCCUCAUGAUGCUCUUGAAGAAGGAGCACCCAUGCCAGGUUGAGGACGAAGACAUGCCGGAAGACGAAGAAGACGCCUCUGAAACCGAAGCCAUGAUGGUUGAAACCGCCUUGGAGGUCUUGGUUUCCUUCUCAAAAACCCUUGGAAACGACUUCAACCAGAUCUUCCCACCGUUCAAGGAGAUUAUCUUUGCCCAGGUGACCGCCUCUACCAAGAACUUGCGUGUCUCCGCUUGCGGUGCCUUGGCUGACAUUGCCGCUGGCUUGAAGGACUACAACCAGGACGUUGAGGCCAUGAUGAACGCGUUUGUUGACAGAUUGACCCACGAUAAGUCUAUUGAUGUCAAGGGUAACGCUUCUUACGGUGUCGGCCUCAUCAUCGAGAGCACCUCUCAGGAUGUUUCCGCUGCCUAUCCGCACAUCCUCCAGUUGCUUUCCAAAUUGUUGUCCAAGGCCGACAAGAAGGCCGACUCGGAUAACGAGGAAACCAGAGAUGUGGUUAACAGAGCAUUCGCUAAUGCGUCUGGCUGUGUGGCCAGAAUGGCGCUCAAGCACCAGGCCGCCGUCCCUUUGACUCACAUCUUGCCUGCGUUGUUCUCCCACCUCCCAUUGGAGACCGCAUUCGAGGAAAACUCUCCAAUCUUCAGACUCAUCAUGAGCUUAUACGAGCAGAACUCCCUGGACAUUACUCCGUUCACCCCACAGGUCGUUGCGCUCUUCGCUGAGGUCUUUAAGAAGGAGAACGCCAGAAUCAAGUUGGUCAGCGAGGCCACCUUGGGCAGAGAGGAGGGCGUAGAGAGACUCAACCAGUUCGCCUCUCCAGAGGAGAAGGUCAAAGUCAUCGAGUUGUUGAAGUACUUGGACGGCAAGUUUGCCGGCGUUGUUUCCCAGAACGAGACCCUCAAGGCUGUCAUCUAAGCUUUGUAUAGUAAUUAACUGUUGCCUGUAUAUUUAGCAGUGAUGCCUAUGUGAUGAGGCGAGCUCUGCGUUUUUGAUACCAUAAUCUAUUUAAUGUUUA